GAGAUCACGUACUAUAGGUUUUUUCUCUACUGCCUUUGAAUUGGCAAGUCAAAGUAUCAUAUCUGUAUAUGGUGUGGCUUUAUGCUCUGGGAUGACAUGAUCUUUCGGUAAAUACGCACACAUUGGCAAAUAGAAAUAAAAGAAAUAGCUAUACGUGUAAGAAAAACUUAUAGAGUAUACGUUUAUAGGAUAUGAUAUACAGUUACUUACUCACGCUUUACCCACGGUGCGUAACGUAUUGUGCGUUAAUACUUAACUAAGACAAAAGACGUACAAACGUACUAUAAGUUGAAAAGAAAGGAUAUCUUUAAAUAGUAAGGAAUUUAUUAAAACGAACGUAAUAAUAUUGAUAGAUAGGAUAUUAGCAAAGCUGAAGGAUAGUAUUAAAAGUUGAAGAUGGGACUCCAGGCUAAUAGUCAAGCGAGGAAUUUUGCUCUGGUGAUUUUAAGUAUUGGACUCUUGGCUACCGUAUUUUAUGGCUUUCAUAGACAGGACCGGAUGUGCUUGAUUGACCCCGGGAAUAGGGAUGACCCAAGGGAUGUCCGAAUUGUACCAAACGAAACACCCUCAUUAAAUAUAGGAAAAGGAAAAGCCCUGUCACAAGAAGAAAUCGACGGCCUAUUUAAAGAAACGACCGCCCAAGACGACCCUGUCUUGAUCCGCUAUAUUGCUCAAUCUCGCAUAGAUCUUCCGUCCUAUCAACCCUAUGACUUAGAUGGACCCUCACAUCGAGAUUUUUCCCGUGGACAAAGUGGACUCGCCGAGAAACUGUUGCCAGAUGUUGAAAGGGGCUUCUUUGUCGAAUGCGGUGCCUUGGAUGGCGAAGGGAGGUCAAAUUCUUUGUAUUUUGAACGAGAACGGCAUUGGGAGGGACUACUUAUUGAAGCGGACCCACUCAAUUAUAAGGAUGUAGUUCGGCGGAAGCGAAAAGCAUACGCCUCUAACUCAUGUUUAAGCCCUUUCCCGUAUCCGAGUAAGCUGAAGUACAAACAAUCUAAAAACACAGGCAAGGCGAUGCAUAGUGAAGAAGAAGUGAAAAAAUAUAGCAAUAAAGACGUACUACAGGUUGAUUGCUUUACACUAUACUCAUUUAUGUUGGCAUUGAAUAGAACCGUCAUCGAUUUCUUCUCGCUAGACGUCGAAGGAUCCGAACUACCUAUUUUAAAAACUAUUCCGUUCGAUAAACUUACUAUUAAAGCUCUCACAGUGGAAUUUGUGCACGGACAGGGUGACCCAAAAGCUGAUAUAGUAGAUUAUUUAAAACAAUUUAACUAUGUACAUAAGGGAACUGUAACUAGAGGUGAUUGGACAGCGAAUGAUGUAGUUUUUGUGCGAAAAGAUUUUGAUAAAGGUUUAGAAUUCAAAACAAUUAGGAACUAUUCACCUCCAUAA